AUGAAUGGUAACAAAAUCCAUCGAAGAGGCAAAUGCAAGUGGUUUAAUGUGGCCAAAGGAUGGGGGUUCAUUAAACCAGACGACGGUGGAAACGACAUAUUUGUGCACCAGAGUGUAAUACAGAUGUCCGGUUUUCGUUCCCUUGGCGACGAGGAAGAAGUUGAGUUCGAAUGCCAGGCGUCGGAACGAGGUAUCGAAGCGACGCACGUCAGUGGCCCAUCGAACAAAGACUGCUUGGGGAGUAAUAAGAAGCCCUCAACCAAAAAACGAUUCCGGAAAAUUCGAUGCUAUAAUUGCGGAGAGUUUGCAAAUCAUAUUGCAGCAAAGUGUGCCCUCGGUCCUCAACCAAAGAGGUGCCACAGCUGCAGAAGCUUGGAUCAUCUAGUAGCCAAUUGCCCAGUUAAAAAUGGACCGACGUGA